CUUCUUCUUCUUCUUCCUCCUCUUUCUCCCCUGGUUUUUCGUCCAGUCUCUGUUUUUUCAGCCCUGUUUCUUUAACUCAAAAGGGCUUUCUGGUUUCUGGGCGAUUCUGCUCCAGAUCGGAAGAUUCAUCGAUCAACAAUGGCUUGCUUCGUUUAAAUGCGGGUUGUCAUUGGAGAUGAGAUUUCUCAGAACUUUUGCUUCAUGGACUGUUCAAUCAGCUGCAGUGAUAAGAAGACAUUGAAAAGGUGGUUUUUCAUUGAUAAAAGAGUUGGAUAAACAUACAUAAUUAUUAGUUUGCUAGAAGGUUUGCCAUUUAAAGUACAAAAAGAUUGCUAGAGAAAUUUGCAAGUGUUUGUUACCAAUGGAGUUGAACUCGGCAACCGCUUCCCCUGUUCUUGCUGACCCUCCACCAGCGAACACGUCUAGGCGGGGGAUUCCUUCUGCUUGUGCGAAAUCGAGCACACCAUUUGCCACUUCCAGGAUCCCAACCCAAAGGAAAAAACGUGGGAAACUUGAUGACGUCCGUUUCAAUGGGUGGCUUGAUAGGAUGAUAUCUUCUUCGCCUCCUCGCAGGAGGGUUUUGAAGGAUUUGAGCGCGGAGGCUGGUUAUGAUGAAGCUGAUGUCGAGUAUGUCCGUUGGAUGACGAAGUAUCCAUCUGCCCUUACGUCGUGCCAAUAUAUUCUCAACCAAGCAAGGAAUAAGAGGAUUGUGGUAUUCUUGGACUAUGAUGGAACACUUUCUCCCAUUGUUGAUGACCCUAACCGCGCUUUUAUGUCAGAUGAAAUGCGGGCUGCUGUAAAAAACACUGCAUUGCAUUUCCCAACAGCAAUCAUCAGUGGCAGAAACCGGGACAAGGUUUCUGAGUUGGUGGGACUAAGUGAAUUAUAUUAUGCUGGUAGCCAUGGCAUGGACAUCAUGUUUCCUGCCAAAAACGAAGUUUCGUAUAUCGACCCAAAUUGCAUAAAGUCCACCAACGAAAUUGGAGAGGAAGUUUGUGUGUUCCAGCCUGCUCGCGAGUUCAUACCACUGAUCAAGGAGGUUUUUGAAAUCCUAACGGAGAAAACUCAAUAUAUAGAAGGAUCUAGUGUUGAUAACCACAAGUUUUGUGCAUCUGUUCAUUACCGCAAUGUUGUUCGAAAGCGUUGGCCUUUGGUUGCGCAAAUUGUCCAUGAUGUCUUGAAGGGUUACCCCAGACUUAUCCUAACUCAUGGACGGAAGGUUUUAGAAAUCCGUCCGGAUAUCGAUUGGGACAAAGGAAAAGCUGUAAACUUCCUGCUGGAGUCUCUCGGUCUCGGCGACAAUGAGGAUGUGCUUGCGCUCUAUAUUGGAGAUGACAGAACAGAUGAAGAUGCCUUCAAGGUCUUGCGAGAUGGAAACCGAGGUUAUGGAAUUCUGGUAUCGGCGGCUCCCAAGGAAAGCAAAGCUUUCUUUUCUCUCAACAAUACUUCACAGGUGAAAGAGUUUCUGGAGUCUCUUGUGAGAAUGAAGAAAGAAGGGAGAAUGGCAUUUUAAGGCAAAGAGUUGUUGGCAUUACAUAUGCAUCUAUAUCAAUCUUUUAUGUUUUAAUCUUCAAAGAACAUUUUCUUUUUUAAUCUUGCAACUUGAGUCUUUACUUUUUUAAUGUUUGGGUCAUAUAGUGCCUAUACAUUGGGCAUUAUACUUGGUGGUUCUUGUUUGGGUGUUCAAUGUUCAUAUAUGAAAACUUCUAUAACAAUGUUGCUAUUUGGCUUCUUUUUUUGUCAUAAAGUAAAUUUCUCAUAUUUUUUGUUUGUCUCAAAAUAAAAUUUAAGUCUUUAA